GACUUUAUUAACGUGUUGAUUCUUUGCGCUGUCGGCCAGUAGGUCGUUGUUUUUUCUCUCAGGAAAAAUCCUUAACCCUCUCUUCCCACGCAAAAAUCACUUUCUCCGCCGUUUUCGUUUCUUUAAACCGUGAGGAUUUCGGAUCUCGAGCAUCUGUUACGCGCGACGUUACCAGAACGCACACGGAGGACAGAAGGGAUACAAGAAGAGCUGCUACGAAAUGUUUCCCACGAAACUCUCUUGGACCAUGUAUUAGAGCUGAUUAUGAAUGAGAAGCCUCCAAACAGCACUAGUCUGUUUCUGAGUGAAGACUCUGAGAAGCCACAGCGCGCUGAGGAGGGGCUCCACCGUUUGUGCCGAGUGUUACAGAAGCAGAUGUCAGGAAGCAGACGAAAGAUGGGCGGCAUAACACGGGACAGUGUCAAGACGUUCCUGCGGAGGAACACCUUUGUGAUCUUCACAGUGGCUGCUGUGGCUUUAGGGGUGGUGUUGGGUUUUGCCCUGAGACCUUGUAACCUGUCCAUCAGGGAGGUAAAGUAUUUCUCAUUUCCUGGAGAGCUGCUGAUGAGGAUGCUUCAGAUGCUCGUUCUACCGCUCAUCGUCUCUAGUCUUGUCACAGGAAUCUCCUCUUUAGACAGCAAGGCCUCUGGGAAGAUGGGAAUUCGGGCCAUCGUCUACUACAUGGUGACCACGUUUAUAGCAGUUUUCAUCGGUAUAGUAAUGGUGAUUAUUAUCAGGCCAGGUAAAGGGAGCAGGGACAGUCCAGUGGCCUCUAGUGGCAGCAUUGAGCCAGUGCAGGCUGCUGAUGCUUUUUUGGACCUGAUAAGAAAUAUGUUUCCACCGAAUUUAGUUGAGGCCUGCUUUAAACAGUACAAAACACUGUACAAGAAAACUGUGUUGACCAAAAAUGUGACCAUCAUGGUCAAUGCGACAGACAGCUUCAACGCUACAGAUCUCAGCCAAGUGUACAACCUCAGCACAGUCCUGCAGACCAUUCAGGAGACAGUGGAAGAGGUGGUGCCUGUUUCGGGUUCCUCGAACGGGGUGAACGCCUUGGGGUUGGUGGUGUUCUCCAUGUGCUUCGGAUUAGUGAUUGGAAACAUGAAACAGCAGGGCCAGGCUCUCCGGGACUUCUUUGACUGUCUGAAUGAAGCCAUAAUGCGCUUGGUGGCCAUCAUUAUCUGGUAUGCUCCGGUGGGAAUCCUCUUCCUGAUAGCAGGGAAGAUUGUUGAGAUGAAGGAUCUUGCUCAGGUGGGCGGACAGUUGGGGAUGUACACGGUUUCUGUCAUUGUCGGGCUGCUCAUCCACGGCCUGUUCGUUCUGCCUCUGCUCUUCUUUGUGGUGACCAAGAAGAACCCUUUUACCUUCAUCGCUGGGCUGCUUCAGGCUCUGAUCACAGCUCUAGGCACCUCAUCCAGCUCUGCCACCCUGCCCAUCACCUUUCGUUGUCUUGAAGAAAACAACCAUGUGGAUAAACGAGUGACACGUUUUGUGCUGCCAGUUGGAGCCACAAUCAAUAUGGAUGGCACUGCUCUGUACGAGGCCGUGGCGGCCAUUUUUAUUGCCCAGGUCAAUGACAUGGACCUGAACUUUGGGCAGAUCCUCACCAUCAGCAUUACGGCGACCGCCGCUAGCAUCGGAGCAGCAGGCAUCCCUCAGGCUGGGCUGGUUACCAUGGUGAUAGUAUUGACAUCGGUGGGACUGCCCACAGAGGACAUUACACUGAUCAUCGCGGUGGACUGGUUCCUGGAUCGACUCAGGACCACCACCAAUGUGCUGGGAGAUUCAUUCGGCGCUGGGAUUGUUGAGCAUCUGUCAAGACAGGAACUCCAGAACCAGGAUGUGGAAAUCAGCAACUCUGUGAUCGAGGAGAAUGAAAAGCCAUACCAGCUGAUCUGUCAGGAGAACGACUCUCUCAAACAUCGCAACAGUGAAACCACUAUGUAAUUAUCCUCAAAUCAUUAGAGUUCACACCCAUAGACUGUAAAAAAAAAAAAUUAUGGAUGAUGUAUGUCCACGUCCAUCAAGGAUAGAAAAGUGAAACCAAAAUAACCCAGUAUAGCCCUGUCCCAAAUGGCACACUUCACUGUUAAGUCCACGAGACCAUAAUCUUCAUCAUUUUAUCCUUCAGAAGGGUGCUCAUGAGUGCCCCCUUAGCUUUCUCUUCAUCAGUCCAAAACAAGUCCAAUAAUGUGCAUAAUUCUGCUAUUUGCCCUCGAUACACACUUCUUUCGAGCCCUUGCUGAGGUGAGCUCCACGGCAGAUUUCUACCCAAAAGUCAAACCGGCAUUACAUCACAAAGGUGUGGACUCUGCAAGAGUUUAGGUUGUGAUUUGGGACAGGGCCUAUGGCUGCUGUCAUCUUGCACUGAUGAUAUUAUUUGGAGCCCAAGUCUACGCAGUAGUGAUUGUGAGGUGUCAAAAUCCUGCCCAAGCUGCAGACCCAGUCACAAGCUCAUAACACUACACACCAUUUUUAGAGAAGGGUAUAACUGCAGCCUGGAGAUCUCCAAAUGGGGGUGGGAGCUCCAAAACGGCAUGGCUACCUCCCAUUGACAGACAGACACGAUACACGUGUGAUUUGUCUUCUAGGGCUGCCCUCGACUAAAGAUUUUUCUGGUUGACUAGUAGUCAUUCAUUUUAAGCAUUAGUUGACUAUAAGUUGCAUGUUUAUUAAUAAACCGUAUAAAUCAUAAUAAUGAGACUUUAAACUGCCCACAUAGCCUAAUAAGCGCUCAAGGACACACAUAAAGCUUGCCACAGCGUACCAGUAGGCAUAAUAAUUAUGAAUGUGUCAGGGAAAAACAGUAAAGAGCAUUAACGGUACAUUAACGUUUAACAAUUUAUUAGUGCUUGCUUUGUUUUCGGCGUAAGCGAUAAAGUCGGCGAUGGCAACACUGACUGACUCGUCAUCUCCACAGAAGUUGAUGCAACUGUAUGCAGGUUUUAUACAGAUUACAUAAUCGGAUACGGAUUUGUUUUCCAUUUGAAUUGGUUAAUUUAAAAGACAUUUUGCUCUCUAUAGAUAUGUUUUCCAUUACUGUACGCAUACUGUACGCAAUGUGUCACCAUACUUGGCCACGUCACUUCACUUUCACAUGCUAACCGAGUGUGGACUUGCCUAAAGUUCACCUGGGGCUUUGGCCAACCAUAACUCAGCAAUUCUUAAUUGCACUCAGCAUCACUUUCCUGUCCUACCAUGCAAAUCUCCAGCCCCAGGGCAACCCAUCGCAGAGAACAAAACGAUACAGAUUAAUGAUCUCAAACGCAACUCUGGGAUGUCUAGCGGGAGAGAUCGCAAGGGAUAUCUCAGAUAGAAGGGGGGUCCCGGAGCUUCAAACUUGGCCCUGUCCGAACGUCACCAACCAUGAGCUCCAGGCCCUCCUCUAAAGGAGCUAUCAAAAUUUAGUUUUGCGUGUGGAGACUCCACCCACUUUUAAAGUGACCACCCAGUUUUUAGAGUUCAAACCCAGGCUGCAGUUAUAUCUACUUGUUUUUUUUUUAGAAAUUUAUUAGAAAAACAAAAACUUGAACUAGGGAUGUGCUUGAAUCUGAAUAUCAUGUUCGGAAAGGAAAUGAUGUGUCCUACGGAACCCCUAAAGGGAAUAAAUAUGAGAUGGGAGGAAAAUAUAUGGGAGGCUAAUUAUACUUUGGGCAUCAGGGAGCCGCUAUUAAUAUGUGAGGCAUUGCAAUCGCUUUUGAAUGCAUACACUGCUUUUUACUUUCACUUUCAAGAUUCGCAAUCACACAUACUCUGUGUAUACUAUGGAGCGACAGUACUUACCACUCAUUUUACAAGAUUAGAUUUUUGUCAGUGGUGCUCAGGAUCUGCAAAACAUUUGCCAUCAUCCUAUCAGUCAUCUCUCCUUGUUUUGUUUAUCUGGUAAGUUUUAUUUUAUGUAAUGUAAUGUAACAGGCUACCGCUAGCAAGAGGCUAACCGUGCCGUUUUAGUUAUUUGUUUUCUGUGCUUUUCCGAACAAGGAUUUGCUAUUCGGGCACAUCCCUAACUUGAACAUACAUAAACAUGAUAAGAACUUCCUAAAAUGAUGGAAACCGUCUCUGGGAAAAAUUUAUUUGAAGUGUAAUUUUAUUUUUAGUUUGGCUCAAGUCCCAUUGGUUUACAUGGAGAGGGCGGGGUUUAUGACAUAUACUGCAGCCAGCCACCAGAGGGCGAUGUUUUGACUUCACUUUUCAGGAAGAGUGAGGGACACUUGUUCAUACCUAAAGCACUGUUAUUUAUCUACAUAUAUAUUCUGAAAAUCAGAACAUGCUCAGUAAAAAUAUAUAAAAAAAAAAAAAAAAAGACAGAUGUAUCAGUAAAUUGAGAAUGUUAUGUGACACUCCAACCGGAAUGUAAGUUUUGUGGGUUUAUCUGUCAGUAUUUUUACAUUUACAAGGUAGCACCCAAUUAAAAUAACACUAUGCUAGUUUUAUAAUGCUGAUUUUAGACUGUUAAAAACACAAAGGUCUUUGUAAAUUGUUUAAAGUAUAAAUAUUGUUUUAGAGUCAGUUAAACCAGCAUUAUUACUCAAUGCUAUAUUACCUCAUACACAGAAUGCCAAACUCAUAGAUGACACAUGUAGAGACAAAGGGAACCUUUUUAAGUUACUUUGAUGUCUUAUGGUGGUUUUGUCAUCCAGUUUAUCAAUUAUGUUAUUUUUGUAGAUGUUUAUAUGAUAUUGAAUGAUACUGUAAUCAGUUAUUUAUAUUAUGUAAUGUUUCUUUGAUGAAUUUAGCUUUGCCUUAUUCACUGUUUUGCGAUGGACUGUGAAGUACAUACGUAUAAUUCCUCCCUUAAAGGGACAGUUCACCCAAAAAUGAAAAUUCUGUUAUCAUUUACUCACCCUCCAAUCUCCAAACAUGCAUGAGUUUCUGUAUUCUGCUGAACACAAAAGAAGAUACAUUAAAGAAUGUUGGUAACCAGACAUUUGAUGGUAGCCAUUGACUUCCAGAGUAUGGAAAUAAAUGGCUACCAUCAACUGUUUGGUAAAUGAUGACAGAAUUUUCCUUUUUGGGUCUAUCCCUUUAAGAAUGGCUUCUAUUGAGAUUGUUUGGAUUCUUUCUUAAUAGCAAAUAUCAGGAUGUGAAGUUUUGGUGGAAAGUGGUUUAUGAAAAAUAAG